GUUACACAUACAUUAAUGCUCUGAAAAAAUGUAAUCAAGAUCAUGAAGAUGUAUGCACAAGUGAAAUAUUAAAAUCGAUAAAUUCCGAAAUAGAUUGUCAAUCAUUAACUACAAACAGAUUAUACAAUUUGUUACUCAGAGAUGAUUAUUUUAACAAAUUGAUUAAAUUUAAUAUCGAUGAAAUAAAUGAAAUACAUGUAAUUUUAGAAAAACGAAAAAACGAAUUAAAGGAUCAUUGCAAAGUAGAAUUCUUGAUAGAUGAAUUCUCAACAAAUGAUAGAUUUGAAAAUUUCAUUAAUAAUGAUAACAAUAAUCUAGAUUUUUCAAUAAAUGAUGCAAACUUAUCACAGGAUAAAAUCGAAAAAUUACAAAAAUUAAGAAAAGAUAAAUUAGCUAAAUUCAUAUAUGAUAAAAUUGAUGAAUUUGAAAAUAGAAUAAAAUCAUCAAAAACUCUAAAAGAAAUAGAUGAUUUAACAGAUAAAUUACUUAACGACAAAAUACUAUCAGCUAAACAAAAAGAAGAUAUCACAACAUUAAUCCAAAACAAACUAUCUGAAAUAAAUCAACAACCUACAACACUACCGAAUACUUCAAAUAUCUUUGAUGAAUUGAAAAAAGAAAUAGAAGAUAUAGAUAAAAAUAACGCAGAUAAAUUAUUAGAUGGUGGAAACCUAAAUAAAAAAAUAAUUAAUGCAAAUAUAUCAGAUGAUAAUGUUGAUGAAUUAGAAGAUUUGAGAAAGAAAAAAUUAUUUCAUUUCAGAAAUAACGAAUAUAAUGAAUUCAAUGAUAAAAUAGAUGUUCUCAAAAGUGAAAAUGAAUUAGAUGAUAUGAACAAUGCAGUAACAAAUAAUAAAAUAUUAUCAGAUACACAAAUAAAAGAAUUACAAGACAAAAUACUCCAAAUUAAAGAAAAUCUUUUCCCAGUUACACCACCCGUAAAUGAAGAUCUUAUAUUCAAUGAAAUAAAAGAUUUAAUCUUUGAUGUUGAUACAGAUGUAAUAUCUGAAGUUAAAACUCUAUUGGAUAAUGGAAUAAUUGAUCAAAAAAUCAAAAAUUCUGGAAUAUCAUAUAGUAAAAUCAAUGAACUACAGAAAUUAAGAAAAGAUAAAGUUGAUCGAUCCAAAAAAGAAUUUUUCGAUAAUUUAAACAAAGAUAUAGAUAGAGGUUAUAAAAAAGAAGAAUUGGAUAAUAUAAACAUUAAUAAUGAAAUAUUACCAGAUACGGAUAAACAACAAAUAAUAGAAAGAAUAAUAGAUGAAGUAGAUGUCAUAUUUGGUAAAGCAACUACAGAUGAUAUAUUAACAACUGGAUUGAAACAUGGAUUCAUCAAAAUACAAGAAGAUAAGAAAACUGAAAUUUUACAAAAAGAAAAUAACGAAAAAUAUGAUAUCAUCAAAAAUGAUAUUGAUAAAUUCUUGACUCCUGAAACUUUAGAUAAAUAUGUUAAUGAUGAGAUAAAUUCUCUAGAUGAUAAAUAUUUAACAGAUAACAGAAGUAAAAGAUCAUUAAAUGAAAUUCAAACCAAAAAACGAGAAUCCUUAAUCGAAAAUUUCAAAAAAGAAGAAAAUGAAAAUUACAAUUCUCUGAUAGAUGAUAUAAAAAAUUGUAAAGAUUCAAAUUUAUUGACAGAUGAAUAUUAUAAUGAUAUCUAUCGUAAUAUCGAAGACCUAGACGAAAAAUAUCUUGAUUCUGCAAACACAAAAUCGAAAUUACAUAAUCUCAGAAAAGAAAGAAAGAAAACCCUAGAAAAUGAAAUCAUAUAA